AACGAAGGUUGUUUACAUCGUCAGCUGUUGGGCAAGAUGGCGCAUCGAACCAAGUCACUCCUGGGCAAGAAUUAACAGAUAUCAGUCGAAUAUGGCGUCGUCCUACUUCCUUGGAUCUGGCGAUAUAAUUAAUCUCAAUAUCGGAGGGCAGAGGUUCAGCACUUCCAGAGAAACUCUAACGUGGGUUCCAGACACAUUUUUCACUUCUUUAUUGUCGGGACGGAUUCCUACCCUGCGAGAUGAAGCUGGAGCCAUCUUCAUUGAUCGUGAUCCUUCACUUUUCAGCAUCAUCCUCAAUUACUUACGCACUCGUGAUCUCAAUGUAGCUACGGUUGAUAUUAAUGCCUUGAGGCAUGAGGCAGAGUUCUACGGCAUUGCACCACUAGUCAAACGGUUGAUGCUCUGUCAAGAUCUGCAUCAUUCAUCAUGUGGAGAUGUUCUCUUUUGUGGAUACCUAUCACCACCAAGCAUUCCAAUUCAGGAACCUCCUAGCUCAUCUUCAGAAAGCCGUGAUAAUCAAAGUAAGUUGCCAAGUAAUGGCAACAAUAAUAGUAAUAACAAUAAUAACAAUAAUGCAUCUGGAUCAUCUCGAGCACCAGAAGGAGCAUCAGCAAGUAGCAGUGCUCCAGGUCCCAGUGGAGGGGGCCCUUUGGCAGUAUUGAGACCUGGUCAUUCUCGUAAUUCUUCCCUUGAUAUGCGUCACAACCCGCAACUUGUUGGGCAAGUUGGACUUCAUAAUGGAGUUUACCCUGGUCACAUGUCAAGGAGCUCGAGCGAUCUCCGCAGUCACUCCACUAGAUCUCACUCACGUACCCCUUCCAUGGAUCUCCGUCAUUCGCGAAACUCUUCGGCUGACCUUAAUAAAUUUUUCAAGACUGAGAUCAGUGUUUUGAAUAGUGUUGGGCCCCCAGGAACUGGUUGGGUUGAUCCUUUGCGGGUGCGGAUGGUAAAGGCUCACCAUAAUUGGAUCCUUGUAGCUUAUGCUCAUUUUGUAACUUGUUAUAGUGCUGUGAAUCGCUGGAAUAAGGAUAGUACUGGAUGGCAGCUGGCUUUCACUUCUCCUCACAUUGAUCAGUUAAUUGAACGGGUUGCGCUUAAUGCUAAACUAACUCCUCCAAGUCAGGGUGGUGAAACAGGUCAUAAGAUGUUGGCCAUAUCAUAUGCAUCUCACAUCAGACUGUGGGGUAUCUCAGAGGAUGGCAGCCGAAGUGAUAUUGGAACCUUCAAUCUUGGUGUGCCUGUUGAGUACUUGUUUUUCAUUGGCUCCCAGUUAGUAGCACUGUCAUCACUGAGUAAGAUUGGUGUGUGGCAUGCCAUGACUCAACACUGGCAAAUUCAAGAUGUGCUUCCUAUUGCGUCCUUUGAUACAGCAGGGUCUUUCCUUCUAUUGGGUUGUACCAAUGGCUCUAUUUAUUAUAUCGAUAUGCAAAAGUUCCCCUUGCGAAUGAAGGAUAAUGAUUUGCUGGUAACUGAACUGUAUCAUGAUCCUUCCAACGACAAGAUCACAGCAAUUUCUGUCUACCUCACACCAAAAACUAAUGUAUGUGGAAACUGGAUUGAAAUAGCAUAUGGAACAAGUUCUGGAACAGUGCGGGUCAUUGUGCAGCACCCAGAAACUGUUGGCCAUGGACCUCAACUUUUCCAAACAUUUACCGUCCAUAGAUUUCCUGUAACUAAGGUAACCUUAUCAGAGAAGCUCCUUAUCAGUGUAUGCAGCGAGUACAACCAUGUUCGUACUUGGUCUGUUACUCGAUUCAGAGGCAUGAUUUCGACGCAACCUGGUUCUACCCCUUUGUCAUCUUAUAAAAUACUCACUAUUGAUGAGGUUGAUCCAAAUAUUUAUUAUGCCAUCGCCAAUGAUUGUGGUCCAUAUGGAGAGCAGGAUGAUGAACAAGUUUUCAUUCAGAAAGUUGUCCCAGAAACUGAUCAGCUGUUUGUUCGUUUAGCCAGUAAUGGUAAAAGAGUGUGUGUGAUAAAAUCUGUAGAUUCCACAACAAUUAGUGGUUUUUGUGUACACGAGUGUGAGGGGAGCAGUCGAAUGGGUUCCAGGCCUAGGCGAUACAUUUUCACAGGACAUUCAAAUGGUGCCAUUCAGAUGUGGGAUUUAACUACUGCCCUUGAAUUGUGUAGCAAAGGUGAUGCAGGAGCAACUGUUAAUGGUGGGCCAGAACCUGCCGAACUCUUGAGACUGUUGGAUGUGUGUGACUUGAGUAACUCCUCUUGUACGACGCCAUGUUUGUCCCCAUCUCCUCUCACACCUGCAAAUGCAUUGCCCCCCCAUCAGCGUCCUUACCCGAAUCAUCUGCAUCAUGGAUCCUCACACUUACAACAGGCUGGUUGCAGUUAUUUAAAUUCUUCAGCUGGUGUGACUCCACAGCUUCACCCAGGACCACUAUUGAAGCCUGCUAAUGCAGCAUUCCUAUCACAUAGUCAGGCUGUGGCAGCUAGAGCUGGAACAUCUGGUACUUCGAACGAUGAUGAUGACGACGAUGGAAGCCCAACAUAAUGCUCUGACCUGAAACUAAUUGUUGAAGGAAAACGAGGUAUUGACCAUUUAAUGACUGUGAUCAUUUUAAUAUACAAUAGAUAUUUUUGUUAAAAAUUUUAUUUUAUUUGACUGAUGCGAACAUAUCAAUUUUCAGAAUGCUUUGACUUGACAGAGUUCUUCAGUUCCAGUUACUGUACAGUAGUGCAUGGUGGUUGAAAAUGCUAAGAUAGUUUUUACAAGGCUCUUUGGUGAAGUAUUUAUCGCUAUAUUCAUUUCCAAGGGCAGUUUUAAAACUGACCACAUAUGGGCAUGUAGUUUUGUUGAGGUAUUAAAAUGUAUUUUAUUUGGUAGAAUAUCAGUUUUCUGAAGUGAAUUGGAUCACUAGAUACAUCACUGAUAACUCUCCAGUAUUAUUGUAAAACCCAUAUCUUCAUUUUGGAAGUCACAAAAAUUGUGCUAACUAAAUUUCAAUCCAUAGUUAGUAACAUGUUCUCUCUUUCUAUUUUUAUGAUACAGCAAACUAUUAAAUCUGGAAUUUUGAUUUUGAAUGUUUAAAGAUCAAGGUUUUGUAUGUAAGUUUUAUAACUGUUUGCAAAGGUAAGCUUCUUGUUUACAAUAACUGUUUGCAAAGGUAAGCUUCUUGUAUACAGUGAAAUAGACAGUAUUAUCAUAUAUAAGAAGGUGUUCAAGUUAAUAUUGUAGUCACAAACGUAUUUGUGUAUUUGAUGCGCUGGUUAUUGUUGAUUAAACCACUGAAUGUCAGAUAUGGUAAGUAUGUUAGGUUAUUCACUGUUUGCUAUACCACACAAAUGAUUGCUUUAGUAUUUUUCUGGUUUUGAGUUGGUAUAUUUUUUUAAUAAAAUAAAAAUAAGAUGGAGAACACACACACUACAUAUUCUGUGUAAGGUAUUAUUAUUGUAAUUUGAAUGGUCAGAGAUGAGAUAGUUUGCUGUAUGAACUUCUUCCAAUAGAUGGUCAGCUGUUGCAGGCCUUACUAGUAUGUAUGAUCAUUCAGGGAGCUGUCUGGUGGGGAAAAAGGGUAAGAAAAAUUUUGUUUGUUCCAUUUAUAAGAAUAGUCCACUUAUAAGAAUAGUAUGAAUAUUUCAUCAAAAUUUUGUUUAGUUUUGUAGUUGUUGGGGAUUUUCCAAUACCACCCACACAAACUGGAACAUAUGAUGCAUAUUUGGUCAGAAAUUUGUUAGUCAAAAGUACCAUCAUAGUUGACUAAUGGUACAUUGCUAGGUGACAAGAGCCAAAGUAGCUUCUCAGUCCCCCUAAACCCUUGGUCAAAGUAACAUGACGCAUUGGCUCAUGAUCAGGCUGCUCCACUCCAGAAGUCUUAUACCAAAACUUAUUUUAAUAUAUUUUGGUUUCAGUCUGCUGUUCCUCCAUUUUUUUUUUUUAUCCAGUUUCAGUAAAGUUCCAGUAGAACACAUACCUAGACCUAUCUGACUGGAGAAGUAAACUUUUUCAAUACCUGAAAGGACCAAGUUAUACUUAUUUUUUUGUUAAAGGGAAAAAAAAUUCACAACAGUAAAUUUUUACUAAAAUUUUGUUUUUGGUUUAAAGGUUUACAUUCUUGUAAAACAAUAAGAAGAGAAGUAGGCUUCAAAGCUUGAUAAACUAAAAGAGGUGAAAAACUUAAGGGCUCCAGACGUAAAGCAGAUGAUGCUUUUUAUUCCAGGUAUAAAUAUAACCAUAGCCCAUUCAGUAAAAAUUUCCCUUCCUAAACUGGACAUCCACAAAUACGUACCUUGGUCCUGUUGUUUUUCCGGAGGCAUUAACUCAAAAGUCAGUAUCAAACAUGACACGUCCUUUUCCUAAUACUGCACCAAAGUCAGAGCCAUUUCUUUUGAGAUGGUAGUGAUAUGGAUGUCACAGAUUUUAUAGGAGAAAUGAAUGUCAUUACUGUGGAUUAUUUAUGUGUAGCAGGGAAAAUUAUAUGGGAAAUAGUACUCUUGAUGGCAUACAUGUGGCCUUGAGAUUAAAUAAGCAUUGGCCACAACACUCAGGAUUGGCAAACACUGACAGUUAUAGCAGGUUCUUUAUCUAUAUGCAUUUCCUUUUUCAUUUUAAGUUUUGGCAUUGAUGCUCUUGUCUGUGUAUAUUAGUUUCCCUAGAGUAGUAGUAUGAAGGCUUGAGCAUUACCACUGGUGUAUAAAUAUUGGAAAUGGAUGGAGGUAAAGAAGCUACUCACACCUUUAAUGACUGCAUUGCCCUUAUAUUUAGUGUUGCUUUUGAAGAUGCAACAAAUGUAUUAAUUGCUUGGCAGGUUUUCAUUCCUUCACUGUAACUUGGAAUUACUGAAACAACUGUUCCUGCAGAUAGGCACAGCUACAGUGCAGAGUAAUGGAAAGGGGGUUGUAAUAUAUAAAUUAAUCAAAUUGAUUUUAUCUAGGCUCUUCAGCAUAUUUUUCUAUAGAUUUUAAGAUGAGGCAUAAACAGCAUACUUAAAAGGGAAGAAGUCUGGGUGCAUCAUUACAUGAGUAUGAGUAUUGUGAAAGUAGAAGUGAUCUGAAGUAUAACCCAGGCAGAUUCCUGUGUGAGUUGGGAUGGGGCCAAUAUCAAUCAAAUUUUGUUUAGAAUUAUACAUGAUGCAUGUUAUGCAAAAAAAGAUCUAUAACAACUAUCCAUUUGUGAGGCAUAGAUGAAAUAUUUUUUGAGGAAUGCAAAUUUUGAUAAACUGCCAAUUUAAACUUCAGAAUUCUUGGAACAAGUUUUUCAUUAGCAGAGAGGCUCCUUAUAUAUUUGUUUAGACCAAUGUUCAGCAUUAUACAGCUUGAAAGGUUCAAACACUUUCAUUAAAAAGUAUAGUAAAGUGACGGUCUUAAUGUUUUUUAAUUAAAUAUAGGUGAAUAGGAUGAAGUCUUACCAAGAUUGUGGCAUUUAAGAAAUUAUUUUAGUGUAUGUCAUAGAGUGGACUGUUGUAGGUAGUUUUUAUCUAAAGUGGUAGAUGAUGUAGGGCUGAAAGUUCAUUCAAGUCUAUAGCUCUUUGACUACUACUGGAUACAGUGUGCAGGGAGCUAUCCCACAAACAACAAUGUUUAAAAACAUUUUUGAUUCUUGUUAGAAAUAAUUUUUCUCUAUAAUAUUAAGAUAGUGAAAAUAUUAGAAUGACUUUUUGGCAGACUCCGCAGCUGUGCUUAGCAGAAUUUCAUUUUGGAAAGGUCAUUGUCUGUAUAGUAGUCAGUAUGAUUACAGUCAAAGAGCUAACUUUAUCAUAAUCUAUAUUCAAGGCAUAAUAUUGGAUUAUAAUGUUAUUUGAAGUUUGAAAUUUUGUACAAGAAAGAAACUUAUCUGAUCUAAUUACUUCUGAAGGAAUGCAUAAACACUUUUACUACAAUUAAUUGUAGCAAAGAUGUUAAAGACAACCCGUAGCAUAAUGAAGAGACAUCUGAUUUAGACUUCAUCAGUGCGGAACAUUUACGUCCCAUCUAAGCAUAAUGGAUGGAAUGUGUAUUUGGAAAACCUGCAAGGUUGGAAUAUAUUUUGACAAGAUUCCUAAUUACCAAAUAAUGUAGUGUUGAGAUAAAAUGGUAAUUUUCAAAGAUUCUUAGUAAAAAAUUAGAUUUAAAUCAAAGUUAUGAAAAUACAAUUUUGAAGGAAUUGUAUGCUAUAAUAUAUAUAACUUGGGUCAUGCAACCACUAUGUUUCUGAGGAUUUAAACUGAGAUUAGAUCUCGUCAAGUAAGUUUUAUGUAGGAAGAUUGAGUCAGAAUGGGGUUGAGUUCCACAUCAAGAUAGUUUGUAGCCAUGUAGCACAUAGGGCAUCGUUGAUUGUAUGGAUUAAGCCUCUGUCAGGUAUAGUAGCUCAGAGAGUUGCUCACCUGCUCCCUUAUUUUUAAUAUUCCAUACCAUCUUGUCUUUCAUGAGUACUCCUUGCGUUUUCCUUGCCUUUCUUCUCGUAUUACUAUCUGAAUAUUCUAAUAAUUCAGGUUCAUGUUAAAUUUUGAUACGUUUAUGCUCGACAUCUCAAAUGUAACCUAUUAUUGAUAUAAUUUUAUACAGUAUAUCCAUAUUUGUAAUGAUUUUGUUUCCUUUUUCAAAAUAUAUUAAUGUAUAAAGA